AAUUCUAUACUAUUGAAUGAAAAAAAAAUAAACGUUUUUUAUACAAAAACAUUUCGUCCUCAAGUUCAUUUUUCGUUAGGCUGCGAAAUAGAACGACUUCGAAUAAGACAUCAGUUUAUAAGAACGGCUGUGAGUAAUUUGAAUAAUUUAUACAGCGUUCAAUUAGGAUUAUCAAUAUGUGUGCUUUGUGCUAUGAUGCUUUUUGACAUUUAUUCCGAAACAUUUAGAGAAAAUGAUACUUCAAAAUCGUUUAUUUUCGUUUAUGGCUGGUCUAUUCAAUAUUCAUUUAGAUUUGUCACAAUUGUUCUUAUUGCGCAUGUAACAACAAAACAGGCUCAUAAAACAAAAACGAUUUUAGCAGACUUAAAUAACAGAUAUUUAGAUAACAUCACAAAAGAAGAGAUACAACUAUUUCUUAAUCAAAUUUCAAACAACUCUAUGGAAUUAACUGCUUGUGAUUUUUUUACCCUCAAUACACGUCUGAUUACUUCGACAAUUGCUGCUGGAACCACUUAUCUUAUUAUUUUAUUUCAAUUCCAUCUACCAAAGGAACAAUGAACUUUCAAUAAUUUAUGUGUUUAUUUUUUAAAUUUAUUAAGAAAGAAACGUGUUUGU